GCCUCAUGGCCGGGACCCAGCUCUUUCGGUUCCGGGAGGAGCCAGUUCCCGGAGGCAAUCGGGCGGUGCUGGAGGUCCGCGUCCCGCAGAUUAAUUUUUUGCUGGAAUUGAUGGCCCAUGCCCUUAAUCCCUCCUUUAAUCCCAGCAUUCAAAAGGCAGAGGCAAGAGGAUCACUGGAGUUUGAGGCCAACAUAGUCUGCACAGUCACAACACAGUGACUUCCUCUCGAAAAUGAAGAGUGGGAAGCUUUGAACUGCUGAAUCUUCCAUCUGGUCCUGCAUGUCCAGUAUGGAAUGUAUGUUUGGCCCUGUGCUGUAGUCCUGGCCCAAUACCUGUGGUUUCACAGAAGAUCUCUACCAGGCAAAGCUGUCUUAGAGGUUGGCGCUGGAGUGAGCCUUCCUGGGAUUUUGGCUGCCAAAUGUGGUGCUAAAGUAAUACUAUCUGACAGCUCAGAGUUUCCUCACUGUCUGGAUAUCUGCAGGCAAAGUUGCCAGAUGAAUAACCUGCCACAGGUCGAAGUUGUAGGACUGACAUGGGGCCACAUAUCAAAGGACAUUCUGUCUUUGCCACCACAAGACAUCAUUCUUGGAUCUGAUGUGUUCUUUGAACCAGAAGACUUUGAAAGCAUUUUAGCCACAGUAUACUUCCUGAUGCAGAAGAAUCCAAAAGUUCAAUUUUGGUCUACAUACCAGGUCCGAAGUGCUGACUGGUCACUUGAAGGCUUGCUCUACAAGUGGGAUAUGAAAUGUGUGCAUAUUCCUCUGGAGUCUUUUGAUGCCGACAAGGAAGACAUAGCAGAGUCUACCCUUCCAGGAAGACAUACUGUUGAAAUGCUGAUCAUCUCCUUUGCAAAGGACAGUUUCUGAAUGAAUUGUACCUCAAUAUGUUCUGGGACAGUGUCAAAAUGGAAUAACCUGGCAUAAAGCUGAAUUAUCUGAGGAAACUCAAUGGGUAUGAAGAUGAUCAAUUCUGUAAGCCUUGUGGCUGUGCUGUCAUGCCUAGGAUAGCAUUCAACAUAACUUUAACAAAAUUAAACAUUCAAAAAGGC